AUGGCUACUGUAACGGAUCCGGGCAUGGAAGCCCUUGAGAAGCUCAAGUCAACUGAACCUCCAGUUUUUCUAGCGCCGAGUUCGAUAUCUGAGGUGGCUCGUGUUGCAUCUCAGUAUCUAUUCACGAAGUUGAAGCCACAUAACCCUAAAUCUCCUUUCGUUGAGCUUUUGGUUGAUGGGUUUGAUGCUGAGCAGAUUUGGCAGCAAAUUGAUAUGCAGUCUCAACCUUUGUUGUCGAGCUUGCGUCACGAAGUAAAGCGGUUUGCUAAGAACCCUGAAGAGAUUCUUAAACUUGGGAAUUUGGUACUCAAGGUUUCUCAUGAGAAUGAUGAUAUCGAUGAAAUGGAUAUGGAUGAAUUGGAGGAGUUUUUAGAGGAGGGUGAAGCAGAAGAGUAUGGGACAGGCUCCAAAAACAAGAAGGGAGGCAAUGAAAAGCUCUCUACCCAUGAGAAAGAACGACUAAAGGUUCAAUCCAAGAUUGAACAGAUGGAGAAAGCAAACUUAGAUCCAAAACACUGGACAAUGCAGGGAGAGAUAACUGCUGCAAAGAGGCCAAAGAACAGUGCUCUAGAAGUUGAUUUAGAUUUUGAGCACAAUGCCAGGCCUGCUCCUGUAAUAACAGAAGAGGUCACAGCCACACUUGAAGAUUUGAUCAAGAACAGAGUCAUUGAGGCUCGUUUUGAUGAUGUUCAAAGAGCACCUAGUCUCCCCACUAAGUCAAAGAGAGAGGCUAAGGAACUGGACGAUAGUAAAAGCAAGAAAGGUCUUGCCGAAGUUUAUGAGGCUGAAUACGUUCAGAAAGCUAACCCAGCUUUUGCACCAGCAACUUUCUCUGAUGAACUAAAGAAAGAGGCAAGCAUUCUAUUCAAGAAACUAUGCCUGAAGUUGGAUGCUCUCUCCCACUUCCACUUCACACCUAAACCAAUAAUAGAAGAAAUGAAUAUUCAGACAAAUGUCCCAGCCAUAGCAAUGGAAGAGGUUGCGCCUGUGGCAGUCUCAGAUGCAGCAAUGCUUGCUCCAGAGGAAAUCUUUGCCGGGAAAGGCAAUAUUAAGGAUGAGUCUGAACUUACACAGGAAGAUAGAAAGAGAAGGAGAGCUAAGAAGAAGAGAAAGUUUAAAGCUGAAUCCGCAAAUCAACCGAUAAAGAAGGCGCGGGAUGUUACUACCGAGAACCCUAAAACCGGCAGUGAACAACUGUGA